GGCCCCUGGCUCGUGUAGAGGGGUACGUUAGCACUUCGUUCACCUUGUUAGCCCGUCAUGCCCGAUCCCGAGCCUGGAAACUCGCGCCCCGGAGCACGACUUCGAACUUUCAGGAUUCAACACCAGAACCCCGCGCAUUGCAGUCGACGGUAGUCCACCGACUACUCGGGCUUGCGAGCGCCAUGUCCACUGCGGAAACGGCGGGGGCGACGACCGCCGUCGCCCCCGAAAAUGGAGCCACAUCUCAGCCAACACCGGCGCCGUUGAGCGAAGAAACUAGGGCGCAAGUGCAGGAAGUCCUGAGCUCAGAGAUUGGCAUCUCGGUGAUGCUCAACCGCCUCAAACAGAGUAUCGCCUCGGCAAAGGAGUUUGCGCAAUUCCUCAAGAAGCGGGCGACCCUCGAAGACGAACAUGCGAACUCACUCAAGAAGCUAUGCCGGUUGUCUCAGGACAACAUGCAGCGGGGCGAGCACCGGGGCGGUACCUUCGGCAAGGCGUACGAAGAGAUGAUGGCGGUCCACGAGCGCAUGGCGGAGAACGGGAUACAGUUCGCCAUGUCACUGCAAUCGAUGGCCGAGGACCUGACCGAGCUCGCCCUCAUGGCCGAUAAGUCCAGGAAGGGAUGGAAACAGAGCGGCCUGGCCGCUGAGCAACGCGUCGCCGAGCUCGAGGCCGCGAUGCGCAAGUCCAAGUUGAAAUACGACGGCCUGGCGGAGGAGUACGACCGGGUCCGUACCGGAGAUACGGCUGGCCGCCAGGGCGGAAAGAUGUUCGGCUUCAAGGCGCACAAGUCGGGUGCUGGGCACGAGGAAGAUCUGCUUCGGAAGGCUCAGGCGGCCGACCAAGACUAUCAAGGCAAGGUCCAGGUCGCAUCGGCGGAGAGGAACGAGCUGGAGACCAAGACCAGGCCGGAAACCGUGCAGGCGCUCCAGGAUAUUGUGAGGGAAUGCGACUCGGGGUUGGCGUUACAGAUGCAAAAGUUUGCGUCCUUCAACGAGAAGCUGGUGCUCAGCAACGGUCUCUGCAUUAGCCCUCUCAAGCAAUCGCCCGACGCGCGGAGCUUACGCGAGAGUGUCCUCGCCAUUGACAAUGACAAGGACCUGAACGACUAUCUGAGCAGCCAGCACUCCAAGAUGCCGCCCAGGACAGGCCCGCCCAAAUAUGAGCGUAACCAACUCCUCGACUCCGCAAAUCGAGCCACGAUUCCGGCCGCACCGGCCGGCAGCCAUAACCCGUCACAGCAGCAAACUUCGAAUGCCGUGCAGCCACCGCCGUCCGGCAUCUUUCAGGGCGCUCGAUCAAGCACCUUUUCUGACGCGGCUGUUCCUUCGACAAACCAGGGGCCCAUGGGCCACAGCUAUAACCAGAGCAUGGGCUCCCUGCCAUUGCUCGGUGGCCCGCCGCCACCCUCUCAGCCGCAGCACGAGAGAAGUUACAGUCACGGAAGCACCAUCAACCAGAGCAACGGUCCCGGAAGCCAGCAGUACCGCGGCCCUGGCGCGCAAUCACACCAAACUCAGCCUUCCUCCUCAAGGUUCGAUGGCUCCUUUGGCUCCGUCACCUCCCAGGGACCGCCGCAACUGGGGGCGUUAUCUUUCCAAACCCCCUCUUCUCAGCCAUCACAGCAGCCCUCUUACGUACCACUGCCGUCGCAGCAAGGCAGCUCAGCCGCGAGCACGUCUCAGCAGACUUCUGCGAUGGUGCCUGCCCAGGCGCACUUGCAAUCUCCGCCGCUAACUCCGCACGUUCCUCCGGCCCGCCCCGUAUUCGGAGUCAACCUCUCCACGCUCUACGAGAGAGAUGGGCUGGCCGUGCCAAUGGUCGUCUACCAAUGCAUUCAGGCAGUCGAUCUCUUCGGCUUGAAUGUCGAGGGCAUCUACCGCUUAUCCGGCUCGAUGCCGCACGUUAACAAGCUGAAGAAUCUCUUCGACACAGAUUCGACUUCUGCCAAUCUCGACUUCCGCAAUCCCGAAAACUUCUUCCACGAUGUCAACAGCGUCGCCGGCCUGCUCAAGCAGUUUUUCCGUGACCUGCCCGACCCUCUGUUGACGAGGGAAAGCUACUUUGCUUUUAUCGAAGCAGCUCAACAUGAAGACGACAUCGUCCGGCGCGAUUCCCUCCACGCCAUCAUCAACAAUCUUCCCGACCCCAACUACGCCACCCUGCGGGCCCUGACGCUGCACCUGCACCGUGUCAUGGAGAACGCGUCAACCAACCGGAUGAGCUCGCAGAAUCUGGCCAUCGUGUUUGGCCCCACGCUCAUGGGCACCGCGCCCGGGUCCAGCAUGUCAGAUGCCGGCUGGCAGGUGAGAGUGGUGGAUACCAUCUUACAGAACACGUUCCAGAUCUUCGAUGAUGAUGAUUGAUUGGCCCAAGUUCCAAAGGAGGAGACAUAUUGUUGGGUAGCGGCUAGUCUGUAACAUGAUGACCUGGUUCAAGAGACAUGCCGACGAGCCAGAGGGUGUGGGUUACCUAGUCAGGAGCGGGCGGCGGGUUGAAGCUUUCCGUUGGGAACAUACAAGGCUUUGGCAGGUAUUGCGUGCAAUCAUCAUUUGUU